AUGUCGCAGCGUCCUCAUGGACAGGCUCCGCCGUCUGAGAUGGGAGAUCCCAACUACGCUGCCCUUUUAUUCCAACAACAGGCGGAUGGGAGUACCAGGCGGAUUGGAGCAGCAUCAGCCGAAAUGGAUUCAGGCAGAUCUUUGACCGAUAUGAUUAUGGAAGGUUUCCCUCCAGGUGGAGUGUCUGACAAUAUCUCACCUCAUAAUGAAAUACAAGCACGCGAUGAGGUCCCUGCUACCGUCAAAGGAAAUAAAAGAAGGUCCAAAAAUUUGACUCUUAAAGAGGACGAGAUGUUGGUGUCAGCGUGGCUAAAUGUGAGUUUGGAUCCUGUGAGAGGAGCCAAUCAAUCAAAAGAUACCUAUUGGAAAAGAAUACAUGAUUACUUUCAUUCAAAAAAGGAUUUUGAAUCUAAUCGCACACAAAGUUCUCUAAUGAGUCGGUGGUCUAGUAUACUACAUGACUGCAACAUAUUUGCUGGUUGUGUUUCGAAGGUAGAGGCCCGAAAUCAGAGUGGUGCAUCUGUUGAUGACAAGUGGACGAAUAGGCGCCAGCCAACUGGACCUCAGAAACCAUUAAGCAAAAAGCAAAAGACCACUACUGAUUCAACUCCUGCUAUUGAUGCACCAGACCCUGUCACUGGUACUGUAGCUGAGACUGAAACCACAAUAACCACAGUGCCGAGGCCUACAGGGACUAAGAAGGAAAAUCUAAAAUUAAAGCAGCAUUCAAGCAUUGAAGCUUUGGAUUAUUUAUUGGCAAAAAAGAAAGAGGUGGAUGCUGAGAAGGAGUUGAAGAAAGAGGAGAGGGAGUUGAAAAAACAAGAGAUGUGCCAAAAAGCCCUUGCCUUAACUUGA